AUGAUUGGCUCAAUCUCUAGCAUAACUGUUAGGAUAUGGAUUGCCAUAUUGUUCUUGAGCUGUGCUUGUUAUUGUUCUUAUGGGGCUGUGGUUGAGGACGAUGUGAAGUGCCUUCAGAGCCUUAAGCAAUCUCUGAAAGACCCACUUGGAAAGCUGGCCUCUUGGGAUUUCAGGAACACGUCUGUGGUUUCCAUGUGCAAGUUUGUGGGAGUUACCUGCUGGAACGAUCGAGAGAACCGCAUAUUAAACCUUGAGCUCAGAGACAUGGAGCUUUCUGGUGCUAUUGCGAAGGACAUAGAGUACUGUUCCAGCCUUCAGAAUCUGGAUCUUGGAGGCAACAAGCUUUCUGGGUCGAUCCCUCCUGAUAUUUGUACUUGGUUGCCAUUUUUGGUGACCUUGGACUUUUCCAACAAUGAUUUCUCAGGCUCAAUCCCAACUGAUCUGCAACACUGUAAGUACCUGAACAAUCUGAUCCUUUCGGAUAAUAAGCUUUCUGGGACUAUACCUUAUGAAUUUUCUAGCUUGGUUAGGCUCAAGAGGUUUUCAGUGGCCAAUAACAAGUUGACUGGUACUAUACCUGCUUUUUUAGACCGUUUUGAUAAGGCUGAUUUUGCUGGGAAUAGUGGGCUUUGUGGAGGGCCUCUUGGGUCAAAGUGUGGUGGGUUGAGUAAGAAGAAUCUUGCUAUUAUAAUUGCUGCUGGGGUGUUUGGUGCCGCGGCUUCUUUGUUGUUGGCUUUGGGGCUAUGGUGGUGGUACCAUUUGAGGUUGAGCAAGAAGAGGAAGGGAGGUUAUGGGGUUGGAAGAGAAGAUUGGGCUGAGAGGUUGAGGGCUCACAAGCUUACUCAAGUUUCCUUGUUUCAGAAACCCCUUGUGAAGGUUAAGUUGGCUGAUUUGAUGGCGGCUACGAAUAAUUUCAGCCCCGAAAAUGUGAUCAUUUCAUCUAGAACAGGGACUACUUAUAAGGCUCUACUUCCUGAUGGGUCGGCUCUGGCAAUUAAGCGGCUUAGUACUUGUAAGCUUGGUGAGAAGCAAUUUCGGUUGGAGAUGAACCGUUUAGGACAGCUUAGGCAUCCGAAUUUGGUACCCCUUUUGGGGUUUUGUGUCGUGGAGGAGGAGAAGCUUCUGGUUUAUAAGUACUUGUCAAGUGGGACUUUGUAUUCUUUGUUGCAUGGAAGUGGUUCUGGAUUGGAUUGGCCAGCUAGAUUUAGGAUUGGUUUAGGUGCUGCAAGGGGACUUGCUUGGCUUCACCACGGUUGUCAGCCUCCAAUUAUGCACCAGAACAUAUGCUCAAAUGUGAUCCUCCUUGACGAGGAUUUUGAUGCUAGGAUAAUGGAUUUUGGCUUGGCAACGCUUACGGCUUCUGAUUCUAAUGAAAGCAGUUUUGUUACUGGAGACUUGGGAGAGCUUGGCUAUGUAGCUCCAGAAUAUCCAAGUACUAUGGUUGCUUCACUGAAAGGGGACGUUUAUGGAUUGGGAAUAGUGCUUCUGGAACUGGCAACUGGGCAAAAGCCACUAGAAGUCACCACUGUUGAGGAAGGAUUUAAGGGUAACGUGGUGGAUUGGGUAAAUCAUCUAACAAGUUCUGGUCGAACCAAGGAUGCCAUUGAUAAAGCUCUCUGUGGAAAAGGGCACGAUGAGGAAAUUUUGCAAUUUCUGAAAGUUGCUAGUAAUUGUGUUGUUUCUCGGCCCAAGGACAGGUGGUCUAUGUACCAGGUUUACCAUUCAUUGAAGAGUAUGAGCAAAGACAACAGUUUCACUGAACAAGAUGAUGAGUUUCCUUUGAUUUUUCGCAAGCCGGAUAAAGAUUCAGCUUAG